AAAAGAGCAAAAUACCUGCAAUCAAAGAUCACCAUGCCAGUAAAAUUGCCAAAGUUACAACGUGAACUCUUAAGAAGGGAGAGUAGUGCAUCAAGAUCAGGGUCCACUUUGAGUCCAGUUACAAUGCCCCAGCUUCAAGAUACAAUAUCAGAAGAUGGCGAUAAUGAAAAACUGGAGGACCAGAUGACUCAUGAAAAACUGAGUCGUCUACAGGCAAUUUUCGAAGAAGCUGAUGAGGACGGUGGUGGGGGGUUAGAUAUGGAAGAGUUCCGAAGGGCUAUGAGGAAAACUAUGGGACAGGAUGUCCAUGACGAGCAAAUGGAUAUGAUUUUCAUGAAAGUUGAUACAAAUUGUGAUGGGACAGUAGAUUGGGAUGAGUAUCUGUCGUACACAUUACUUGAGUAUCGGGAACGAGAUUUGAUGAGUCGCACUUUUAGUGAAAUGCCUUUCCCCAAAGCAGUCCAGGAAAUACCGUACCCACAUUUUGAUAUUGUGGUGCAAAUUGGUUUCAUGCCAACAAUACUCCGACAUGAUAUCAAGCUGAUUGAUGAAGAUUACGCACAUGGGAAAUACUUUACAAUCAGUAAAAAUGGCAUUUUAGACUCGUGGACUGUAAAUAUGGAUCAUUUGAAGUCCUUCGUUGUAGAAAAUCCAAAUCGCAGCCGCACAAAUGCCUACAUGUGGAUAACUGAUAUGGUUUGUAUGCCAAAUGUGAACAUGAUCGCUGUUGGGUCAACAUUGAAUGAAAUCACAGUUUAUGACGUCAAUGGCUCCAGAUGUGAUAAAAUUGUUAGAAUUACCAAACUAGAUGCCUGUCCUACAUGUAUGGCAUAUUGGUUUGACCCUACCAACAUAAACAAAGCGAAAAUUCUUUGGGGUGACGUCGAUGGAAGCGUGUCAUGUCUAGAGCUAUUGGAAUGCUCUGUCUUAGGCACUAUUUGCCUUGGCAAAAAUGGCCGCCAUCGGAUCCCCUAUGAUGAAAUUAUCCGUGGAGGGCUCCAAAGCAUGCGAGGAUACAAGAGAGCAUUCGUACACAAUGAUUGGGUUCUGAAACUGAAAUAUUGCCCCAGCAUCGACUCAUUCAUCUCAUGCUGUAGAGACACUGAUACAGCGAUGUUCAUGGGCAGUUUUGAGCUGAAAAAGCCAGGCCUGUAUUACAAAGUCAAAAAAGGGAUUUUCUCGUUUGAUUACUGUAAGAGUAAUAAUAUCAUCGUCUCUGGGGGUUAUGAUGGAAUCCUAAGAGUCUGGAAUGCCUUCAUCAAUGCGAAAGCCAGCUUCCAUCUACCUGACCACAAACAGGUGAUCCUUCAUAUCGUUAUCAAUAGCCUCAAAGAACAAGUUAUCAGCAUUGAUCGCGAUAAAGUCAUCAAGGUGUUCGAUCUCACGACUCAAAAGUGCAUCCAAACACUUUCAAAACGAUCGGUCAAAUUAGGAAAAUAUGCCAUAUCAUCAGUUUGUCUCAAUUCGAAACUUCAGUCACUCCUUGUGGCAAAUGAUAAGAUUGUGAUGUUUGAUCGUAACGAUAUGGAAGAUGCCAAAAAGGAGUCUCAGCUGAUGAAGACCCAUUCACUUCCUGUUUGUGCAUCUCUCUACAGUCACUUGUUUAACACUGUGAUUACGGCAAGUCAUGACUCGUGGGUUAGGAUAUGGGAUUUAGACACGGGGAAAAAGGCAAUGGAGUUUCGUGCACAUCGUAUCACAGUUAAAGGAUGCGAUAUUGAUGUUGAAAUCACUGCAAUAAGCUUUGAUCCUACAGGCAGACGGCUGAUCACUGGAGCUAGAAAUGGAGCGUGUAAAAUCUGGAACUUCAACAAUGGGGAUUGUCUGCGGGAGCUCGAUCCAUUCUCCAAUGACGAGAUAACAGGGAUUAUCUGCGCAAAACAGCGAAUUUAUCUGUCAAGUUGGAAUCGUACAGUGAUGAUAUUCAUGGAUAGUUAUGAGGAUGAAAAUCGUCACCAAUGGUCCGAGCUGCAUAAAGAGGAUAUCCUCUCUAUAGCAAUGUAUGAUCCCAGUUACAUAGCAACAAGCUCAUACGAUGGUGACAUCAUUGUGUGGUACAUGGAUACGGGGUCAUUUGUGUGUAGACUUCAUGCGCAAGAUGCUGUUUCCCCAUCAAGGGUUUCUGGGUUGAAGCCUAAACUUUCCAAAGUGAAAGAAACAAUGGAGACUGUGAGGCAAACUGAUUCAACUCCUACUGCCAACGAACAUAAUGUCAGAUUCCAUCUUCCUCCUAUCGAUAGUAGCAGUAGAUCAGACGAAGAUAAUUCCAGUGAUUCAUCUGAGAAUACCGAUGGAAAGCAAUCCUCAAGCAAACAUUGGGCUCGUCGCGAGAGCUUAAAGGGUAACUGUAAGAAACACAAUUCAACUGUGGAUAAAAUUAUAUUUCUACAAAGUCGUAAAUUUGACCGAGACACGGCACAGUUAUUGGCAUGUGGGUCUGGCGGUUGGAUACGCGCUUGGUCAAUACAUCACCAAGGUGGACUGAUUGGGCAAUUCAAUGCUGCAAAUAGUAUCGGCGAAAGUGUUCUAACAGUCCAUGCAUAUAACAAUGAUGAAUAUCUCAUCACAGGUGAUUCAACUGGAUAUAUAAAGAUAUGGUAUAUCAAGAAUUAUUGCAAUGGAAACGAUGUCCAAAGUCAGCUUACUGAAGCAGAACAAAAAGAAAUGAAGAAGAAAUUUCCAUAUUUGAAUAUGAAUAACGAAUCACGUCAUGCAAAAAUUAUGGCUGAAGUGACAGAGGCAUUUCCACCUCCCAAAGAAAGCCAUCCCGAGGAGACCAUGAGGGAACCCCCAAUACUCAAUAGCUUCCGGGCGCAUUGCAAAGCAAUUACAUAUGUUGAUGUCAUUGAAAGUAAACAGUUGAUGAUAACAUCCAGUGCAGACUGUUGCGUGAGACUGUGGACAAUAUGCGGGCGAUUCAUUGGAACAUUCGGGCAUGCGUCACUCUGGAAGAGGCUAGAUUAUCCCAUAGUUCCUGCUAAGUUACCCAAAAAACUGCCAACUGAUUUGAAGCGAAUUGCAUCAGCGACAACACUACGUGUAAUGAAUGCCGGGAACCAAUCAAAGUGGAAGUUUGCACGGAACAUCAUAAUGAUAUGGAUGAAUGUUUUUGGGAGAUCAAAAGUGAAAGAUUCUUCAUCAGAAGAAAACAUCUCCCCGACUAAAACCCCCGAACCUCUCACUGAUGUUUACCUCAAAGGACACCGUGGAUCACUUAUAACAGAGACUGAUGAAAAGUGCAUCCUGGGUAAAGCAUACCAACCGAAGAAACGUCACCAAAUCACGCCAAUCUUAGCGCCAUGCAGAAACUUUCAAACGCAGGUGGCCGUAUACAGCUCAUUGCCAUGUGCAGAACUGGAGAAAAUCCCCGACGUCCAACCUUCCCCAGUUAUCCAAGAAAUUAUGGAACGAAAACGCCUAAUGGAGGAGACAAGUUUACGACUAAAGCAACGCAAUAAUAAAGCUUUGAAAGCUAAAUUUAUCGCAACAUCGACCAUAAUUCAUCAGCAAUUGCGGCAGCGCAAAGAUAGUCAAGUCUCGCACAAUAGUCUGAAAGUUUCUGUAAGUAAACGCAGAAUGAGCCGAAUACGAGGACAAUCCAUAACUGAUGCUACUGUUAAAGUACCAGAAAAAUCAAAAAUAGGGCGGGAAAAAGUUCCACAAGUGAACGAGGAAACUGUUGCCAAACUUUUAGAAAAACUUGACCUUGGAAAAAUUUCAGAGGAAUAAACGGAAAUGUCAAACUUUAACUUAAAAAGUCAAACUAUCACUUUGAAAAAUUAUGAUAUAUUUUAUAAAUGCAUGAACAGAUGUUGAAGCUGUGUUUAAGCUUUGUAAAAAUGUAAAAGUAGAAUAUUUAUUUGGAAAAUAUUAAUCUUCGGCAAAAUUUCAUGUUCAAGAUUCAUUAUGAACAUUGUUCUAGAUUCACAGGUAUUUUAGGUUUAUGCAUUCAAUUUAUUAUUUGAAGAACAGUGUAAAACACCACACUAAAAAUAUAAAUGUAUUUAUUUAACAUCUUCUUGGUGUUAUAUCUUGGUGUAUUUAUUAAUAUUGUUACCAUUUGAGCAGCAUUUGGCAUCUGCAUUUGAUAUAUGUAACACUUGUUACACUUUUGUAACCAUUUGCAGGUAGUGACAUUUUCCUGUUACAGAAUCUUAAACUGAUUUCUAGCCUCUGCAAUAUUCAGGGGAUCUGUUUGUUAAUACAUAUUACAUGUAAAUAUCUUUAUAACAUAAGAAACAGAAAAUCUUUAAAAUAAAUGCAAUAAAAUACUAUGAAUUUCUAAACAAUUGUCAUGGUUAUGCUGCAAUAUAUUAUGGAUAAAUACAAGGAAAACUGAUCCGAAGGGAAACUUAUGAUUUUGUUUAUACUUGUCACAUUUUUCUGUAUUAAUGUCACCACCAGAAGUAGUGACAUAUUAUUAAAAUAUCUAACUUUUUAUGGAUGGUGUUUGGUGGUUGGUGUUCAAAGUUCGAC